AUGGCCUCCCUUUGGUAUUGUGUAGCUGUUUUGGGCCUGGUAGCAGGAGUUUCAGUAAAUGCAGACAUGAAACUGGACUGUAAAGGUGGUUUUGUGACACUGGUGUGGACAGACGGUAGAUCUCAGAUGGACACUUCACUGCUCCGUCUGGGCAGCUGCUUUCCCACAAGCCUCACAGACAGGGAAGCUGUUUUCACUGUGGAAUUCAAUGACUGUAACUUCAGGAGGCUUGUUACUGGCAAACGACUAAUCUACUCCAAUGACCUGACUUACAUUACCCCACCUAAUUCUGUCAUCCCUUCGUACAUUGACUUGAUUGUCUGUGAAUAUGAGAGGCCGAGAGACUGGUACCCCCUGGUUUAUGAGCCAGUGUUUAGUACCUAUGGUUUAGAAGAACUAGUAUUUCAUAUUGGACUCAUGAAUGCUGACUUCUCAGGCCCUGCUGAAUCUACAAGAUUCCCUCUGGGCUCAAUCAUCGCCAUCAUGGCUAGCGUGGAGCAGCAGACCCAUCAGCCAUUGCUGCUACUCAUUGAUGAAUGUGUAGCUGCCACCACACCUGAGCUGCAGCCUGAAAGUGCUCUAUAUCCAAUAAUCGCCAACAAGGGAUGUCUUGUCGACAGUAAGAAAUCGCGCUCAAAAUUUGAACCCAGACAAAAGUCUUCAGAGAUCCGGCUAUCCCUUCAAGCCUUCAAGUUUGCUGUGGGAGGAGAGGUGUUUAUUCAUUGCAGCCUUGUGGCUUGGGAUCCCAACGGUCUUGGCAAUACUAAGAAGGCCUGCCACUACAUCAAAGAUUAUGGUUGGGAGUUGCUUGACGACCCUACACACAGCAGUCUAUGCGACUGCUGUGAGUCCAGCUGCAAGGCCAGAAAGACGAGGGAUCUAGUGGCAGGGGAGCAUGGUGCAGUGCAAAACGUAGUCCUUGGUCCACUCACUAUCACAGAUUAG